CCGCGGAGCAAGAAACGCGGACUGGAAGCCCGUGACAAUGUCUCAACUUCACUUCUGCAAGUGAGGCAGGGAACAAGGCAGAAGAUGCAACAACGGAUUUGGAGCCAGUUUGCGGACAAAGUUUUUAAAGCGUUAGGGACCACCACGACUGUGGUAGAAGGUGAGGAGAUGGAGAAACAGAAAGUGACAGUGGAAGAGAAGACUGGCGCAGUCUUCUUGCGCAAGAACUCCGGCGAUCACGUUGAUGCAGAAGACUUGCUGGGCGAGAAGAAGUUGUUGGAGGUAGACGAAGGCAAAACGAGCAAGGUCAUUUCAGCAGAAGUUGAUGUGACUCAGCUUGAGGACGUCGUGCGAGAUGGAAAGAAGGAGGAUAUGAAACCUUCGGGCAACAUCAAGGAGAAUAUAGCACAGAAUGAUAAGGUUGGAACCAGCUCUCUGGAAAGAACUACGACGAAAAUCACUGUGGACCAGAAAGAAAACGCCGAAGAAGAAGCUACUGUUGGAAAAGAUGAGCCUGAAGACGAAGCUUCUCUCCAAAAGCAGCUCUCCGCUAAUUUCCUCGAUCGCCGAAAGCACAC